AAAACGGAAUUCCGUGUUAACGUCAGAGGUAAAUGUAAACAUGGAGUUGUGAUAAGAAAUCGACCAUGUCUCUGCCACGUUUUAUUAGAAGACACAGAUUAACAUGGAAAAUCCUGACACUGCUUGCGCUAGCAAUAUGUGGCGUUUACUUUUACAGCCGACCAGGCCAAAAAUCGACUGUGGUUGACGAUUCAACUCUGCGUUUUCGACGGGAACGCUUUGAAAGAUACCAGAAAUUGGAGUCAAGUCGAACCGGUCCCGGUGAAAAUGGUCAACCUGUUCUUUUGACAGGGGCUGAGAAGGAGAAAGCAGACUCCUUAUUGGAGAAAGAGGCGUUUAAUAUCGUCGCCAGCGAUAAAAUCUCACUCGAAAGAUCUGUGAAGGAUGUUCGUGAUAGCAGAUGCCAUGCUCUUACAUACCCAAAAGAAUUGCCAAAAGCAAGUGUUGUGAUAAUAUUUCACAAUGAGGCCUGGUCUCCAUUGUUACGUACAGCACAUAGCGUUGUUAACCGAUCACCCCCAGAAUACCUUCAUGAAGUAAUCUUGCUGGAUGAUUUCAGCGACAGAGCUGGACUUGGCCAAGAGCUCUCAGACUAUGUCGCAAAGACGUGGCCAGACGGCGUUGUACGCGUAGUCCGCACGAAGGAGCGCAGUGGUCUCAUCCGGGCUAGACUCGCGGGUGCCCGCGCUGCGACCGGUGAUGUGCUUAUAUUCCUUGACUCGCACUGUGAGGCUGCACCUGGCUGGAUAGAACCGCUUUUAGCACGUAUAAAGGAAGACAGAACAGCCAUUCUCUGUCCAGAGAUUGACAACAUUGAUAAGAACACACUUGAUUACGGUGGUACCGGAUCUUUCUCCGUUGGAGGAUUCUGGUGGAGUCUACACUUUGCUUGGCGGCCCAUGCCAAAACACGAGUCUGAUCGACGAAAGUCAUCGGUUGAUCCUAUUAGAUCACCAACCAUGGCAGGAGGACUGUUUGCUGCGGACCGCAAAUAUUUCUUUGAGAUAGGGGCGUAUGAUGAGGGCAUGGACGUGUGGGGCGGGGAAAACCUUGAAAUAUCUUUUAGGGUGUGGAUGUGUGGAGGUAAGCUGGAGUUCAUUCCCUGCUCCCGUGUGGGUCACAUCUUCAGAUCCAGUCACCCGUAUACAUUCCCAGGCAACAAGGACACGCAUGGUAUCAACUCUAUGCGUCUUGCUGAGGUGUGGAUGGACGAGUACAAGCGACUAUUCUAUAUGCAUCGCCGGGACCUCUCAGUGAGAGCUAUUGAUUAUCCUGUAUUCUAUAUGCAUCGCCGGGACCUCUCAUUAAAAGAUGCUGGUGAUUUAACAGAACGUAAGCUGUUGCGAGAGCGGUUGAAAUGCCACAGUUUUAAGUGGUACCUCGACAAUGUGAUACCUGAAAAAUUCAUUCCAGACGAAAAUGUGCGGGCGUAUGGAAUGGUGAGAAAUCCAGGCUCCAACCUGUGCCUUGACACGCUGGGCAAAGAUGAGAAGACGGUGUUUGAUAUAGGCGUCUUCUCAUGCCAGGGUGGGGCCAGCGCAAGUGAGGUGUUUUCAUUGAGUAAGGAUGACCAUCUACGUAGAGAAGACGGCUGUAUGGGGACGUCUGGGAAGAAUGGCGACAAAAUAGCACUCAGUACAUGCGUUGACAGUAAUGAUCAGAAAUUUAAACAUGACAAGGACAAAGGUACUAUAGUGCAUGUAGGAAGUGGCAGGUGCCUGGACGUUGCAGAAGAAAAGUCAGGUGGAAACAUCAGAGUUCGAGACUGCAAUGGCGGGGAUGCACAGAAAUGGUCCAUCGAGCAUUAUUUGACAUAGUAGUGUGCCUUCCAUGUAGACAAUAUAUACAUUUGUGAUCUGUUAUGCUUUUGCAUUCCUUUCUGUAUACAUUCCAUUUGUUGUUAAGGAAUUAGUAGGACAUCAACAGGAGCUUCAAAUCAAGCAUGAUGUAAACGGUCAAUCUAGUUUUUAAUUGGUAAAUGGAGGAGUAUUAAAUACCUUAAAAGAUAAGAAAUACUUAACCAGUUUAUAUAGGUUAGAUGUUGUUUUUUUCAAAGAAAAAAAUAUAGGACUGUAUUUCUCUUUUGUGAAUCAUGCUGAUCUAUCAUUAUUUUUUAUGUUACCGUUUCUCUAUACAUAUACAUGAAUUAAAUUGCUCUGAGAACCGUUUCUUUAAAUGCUACAAUCAAAAUCUGUCAAAGUUAUGCAUUGGUUUGUAUGGUUACAUUCAUAUAUCUGUGUGUUGUAGAUGUUUUUGCCUUAUAGAUUAUUAUGAUCAAGUUAAGCAAUCAAAGUUUGUAGUUUUAUUUUUUAACGUUUUAGUACUAUUACAUGAUGGCAAUUUAUAAGAGAUGAUUUUACUUUUGUAUACUGCCAAGUUGUUUGGAUCUUUGGCUUUUGGUUUAGAUACCAAUUUAGACUGUGGUGCAAAAGACAUACAGACCAAAGGCUCCUGGAUAAAAGCCCAAUCUUUGUGUUUUAACAUCCCGAAAAUAAGCCCAAAAGAAUUAAUUCAUUAUGUUAAAGCUAUCAAAAUUAAAAUCUUGACUAAGAUUUUUUGAAUUAUUGUUUUAUUAAUGGAUAAUCAUCAUUUGAAAUCAGUAGAAUAAUAAAGCUUUGUAAUGCUUUUCCUCAAUAUAGCGUUUUUGCGGUAAGACACUACAGCCUGCAUUGCGCAGUGGUAGCACGCUUAUUGUUUCAGAGGGUCUAGUUUUAUAUCAUAGGGACAGCAAUAUAAUUUAUUCAUCAGUUUUUUACUUUUUUGUAAUUUGUAAAGACUAUUCAAGACAUUAAAUAAUUAUUUUUAGUAAUCACAUUUGAUGAUAUUUUUCGUAUACAAUAAUCUGUUAACAAGUUCCUUCAAGGAAAAUUAUAACUUGCACUAAGUGGGCAAAUUAAAAAUAAAAUUAAAUAAAAAAGAAACCUCACACAAAUGAGUCCUGUUAUUUGGGUCAUGUAAUGCAUAUAUGUUUGAGUGCUAGAGGGUAUUUGUCCAGGUGACAUAACUGAGGUUGCCAAUCGGGACAUUGUUAUCUGGGAAACACAUUAACUCAUCAUUACUUGAGGUCUCUUAAGGUACUUAGUAUUAUGUACAUAUGUGUCUUUGAGAUUCUCUAUAUUUACUUUGUGGGUUUUGGUACUGUGUGAAUGAGAUAUACAUGCCUGUGUGAGUGUUAUACAUAUUACAGUAGUUGGAAUGUAAGUUGAAUAAGUAACACAUUUGUAAUUGUAAUCCAUUAUACACAGAACAGUACAUAGUUAGGCUCAAUCUUUAAAUUAUUAGCUCACCUGAUCAUGUACGAUUUAGUGCUAAUGGUUAGCUAUUAUGGUCUGUCUAUUUUAGCUCUUCAUUACCACUCGUAGAGGCGGCAGUUUUCAUCCAAUCUUGAUAAAACUUGCUCAUAAUGUUUAUUUGACAAUAUAUAGGCCAAGUUAAUUUCUAGGUCACAUGCAUCAAGUAGCUAGGUCAAUAGGUCAAAUCUAAGGAAAACCAUGUACAACUGUAGAAGCUACAUUUACUCAAUUUUUGAAACUAUGCAAGCAUGUUUUUUCUUGACAGUAUUUAGGUAGAGAUUGAAUCUGGGUCAAACAAACGAAAUGGUUACUUGGUGUAAUCUUAGAUAAACCUUGUGGUCAUGUAGGUCAUGUGUGUUCAAAAUAAUAGGUCACUAGGUUGAAUCUUAGAAAAUCUUUGUAACCAUUUUAUAGGCCACAUUUAUGACUCAAUCUUGAUGAAACAGUGCAAGAAUGUUUAUCUUGAAAAUAUAUAGGCAGAUUUUUUUAAAUCUUGGUCACAUGGGUUCAAAAACUAGGACACCUGGUCAAAUCUGGGAAAAACAUUGAUACCACUCUAAAGGCCUCAUUUUUUACUCAAUCUUGAUGAAAAUUGGUCAAAAUGUUACCAUGACAAUGUCUAAACCACAUUUGAAUCUGAGUCAUGUGCAUCCAAUAAAUAAAUCACAAUGUCACAUUUAUUGCUCAAUCAUGAUGAAACUUGGUCAGAAUGUUUAUCUUGCCAAUAUUAAUGCCAUGUAUGACUUUGGAUCAAUUGAUUUAAAGCCUUAGUCACCAGAACAAGUAUUUGACAAUCAGAACACCUGGAACUCAGAUGAAUGCUUCUGGACCAUCAUGACCCUCCUGUUAUUUGGUAACAACUUAGAAUAUUCCAUUCAAGUAUAAAAUUCCAUUCAAGUAUCAAUCACAAUGGUCGUGUUGGUAACAACUUAGAAUAUUCCAUUAAAGUAUCAAUCACAAUUGUCGUGUUGGUAAUAACUCAGAAUAUUCCAUUAAAGUUCAAUCACAAUGGUUGUGUUGGUAAUAACUUAGAAUAUUCCAUUAAAGUAUCAAUCACAAUGGUCAUGUUGGUAAUAACCCAGAAUAUUCCAUUAAAGUUCAAUCACAAUGGUUGUGUUGGUAAUAACUUAGAAUAUUCCAUUUAAUUAUCAAUCAAAAUGGUCUUGAUGUUUUCAAUAUAAUGUUUUUGAAAGGUUUCGUGAUUAGCUUUAUUUUGAGGUAAACUUAUAAUAUAUGGUACCUUAAUAUUAGGAAAUUUAUGUUAUUUGUUAUGUAAAUCAUUUUUGUUCUGUUAAAGAACUUGUUACAUUUCCAUUUCAUCUUUCAUAUUAUUUACAAGUGCAUGCCAUGUACUUAUAUUUCGCAAUUGACUGGUAAAUGUGUAUUUGUGUGAAUCGGUAUUGCUUGUAGUUUGUAAGAUAAAUGUGGGAAUUACAUUUAGUUUUAGUGGGUCACAUUUUGUUUCAACAUAAUUUAUUCUUCACGAAAUUUCGUUGUUGAAGUGGGUUAACAUACAUGUCUAGUUUAUGUUUCGUUGAGAGUUAUAUCCUAUUGCAUAAUUAUAUAUAUUUGAAUUUUAGAAGGAUUUGCGUCUAAAGCAAUAAACUAGUAAACUAGUUAAACAAA